CCUCGCCGCCUCGCCCUUCUUGCUUUCCACUUACACAUCCUCAAGGCGCAGAGAGGCGCAAGUCAAGCGUCGCAACCAGCAGGCCGGGCGACAUCGGACGCACAGAGCUGCCUCAAAGGACCGCGACGGGCGCGCUGCGUGCUCUAGCCACGCUGUCUUGCUGCGAUCCAUGGCCAGUCCUCUCGCCUCCUCGUCGCGCCUCCACGACCCCAACUUUCCGCCGGCGCUGCGCAUCACCUCGUCGCGCGCUCCACAGCAGGCUGGAGAUGCGGCUGAUGCAGAUGCCGCCGACGACAUCUAUGCCGACGAGGCAGACAUAGCGGCGUACGGCAUUGCCGGGCGCAUCUGGGAGGCAGCAUAUCUUCUGCGCCUCUAUCUCCGUCCGUCUCAUCCACUCCUUCAUUUUUCGCCACCUUGUCCCCUCUUCGACGCUGCGCCACGCCUGGUCGAGCUCGGCGCAGGCGUGGGCUAUGCAGGCCUGCAUCUUGCUCGUCAGCUGUCAUCGCACAACAUAGGCGGGCAGCUGGUGCUGACAGACUUGCACAAUGUGCUGCCGCUGCUGCAACGCAAUGUCGGCCGCGCUGACGUCCCGAGCUCGACGGCCGUCGAGGUCAUGCCGCUGCCGUGGGGCGAUGCUUCAUGCGCCCGGCAAGUGCGCCAACACCUCGAGAGCGGCACGCAAGGCAAAGCGGCGCUCACGCACAUCCUCUGCUCCGACCUCGUCUACUUUCCCGAACUGCUUGCGCCGCUGCUUCGCUCGCUGCUGCACCUGACCGACUGUGCGAGCGGCAGUGGGCCGAUGGUGGUGAUAGCAUACAAGAUUCGCUCGCUGGAAAAGGAAGCGCCCUUCUGGCAUGCCUUUGGCACGUGGUUCGACUUUGAGCCCGUCUUGUGUCGUCGUCGUUGUAAGGACGGCGAGGAAUGGGAGCGCUUCGGCGCAAAGAUGUCGCACUUCCGCUCAGCCCACGAGACAAGUGCUGCUCAGUCGAGGCAGACGGAGCCGCAGCGCGAAGGCGAGGAAGCAGCGGAGGAGGAGGAAGACGCGCCAGACCAAUACUUCCUCUUCCUUGCCUCGCGCCGUCCCGACACGCAAGGCGCUCUGGCACCGUCGAACGAUGCGCAGCUGCUGCAAGGCUGGCGCAUCUGGCCGACUGCGAAGCCAUCGAGCGGCGCUGCGGAUCCGCCAUCCGGCGAGCGCGAGGCGGAACAGGAGUCGCGCGAAGCUGCUUCGCGCUGCGAGAUGGGCAGCGGCGGCGAACGCUUUGAGGAGCUGCUCUUCUUGGCGCUCAAUGGCGGAUGAGGGCCUGUAGGCCUGGCAAUGCACAGCCGUGCCCGCUUACCUCGCUCUGGACUGGAGUCCGCGAUGCCUGGCCUGAGCGCCAGCAUCCGUGCAGCUGCUCCACUCGAAACGCCCCCGCUGCUCCUUGCCUUCGUGGCACGUCUAGACGGCGAGCUCGCGAGCGCACAAUGGGAGGCAUCAUGUCAAACUGAG